AGAGAGAGACAAGCAUGCAGUGCACACUAGUUUUCUCAUCCCAGUUUGCAGUGAACAGCAGAGGAGACUUACACGACUCACUGGUGCAAUAAAUCUAACGCCCACCGCUCUGGUCCUCUCUUCCUCUCACUAUCUAUGCGUUCUUUCUUAGGAAGAGUUUGUCUUCUGGACCAGUGGAGUUUGGACAUACUGACAUGCUUCACUGAGGCAGCAGCUGAUGCUCUUGUUUGAUGAUCGUAGUCACAUGUGGCGUCCAGCCGGUGGCAGUAACAUGCAGCAGUAACUGAUCGACUCAGCAGUGCAUUACAUUUGUCCAGCAGUAUGUUGAGGCAUUGGGGGUUUGCUGUGUUCCUGUUAACCGUCCCGAUCCCGGUCCAACCCAGACCCACUAAUGCUCUCAGCUACAGACAGCGGCGCUCAGUAGGACACGCACAGAUGAUGCAUGACAGGGGUCGAUCCCUGCAUGACCGGAAGAGGCGUACGUUUAUCCAGGAUCUGCUUGAGCAGGUGCACACGGCUCAGGUGUGGGACUCCCCCGGUCAGAGCCAGAGAAGUGUCCAGACCCCUCCGCGGUCCAAACCCAUGGGCAGCUCCAAAAACUUCCCCAUGAGCUUUCAAAUGGAGACUAUAGGGAUGAGAGACGACCUGCCGCAGGAGACCAGCAAGACCCUGAGAUACCAGGAGCAGCCACUGAAGGCUGUGACCAAGAGGAAGAGGAAGAUGAGUUUGGGGAGAUGGAGGAGGGACAGGGGGGUGUGGCUUCCAUAUGCAAAUUAGAGACCCAUAAAAGAGGCUGGAUAAGAGUGAAGACUCGAUUGGAAGCACAGCGACUGAAUCUGGACGAACAGAGAAGGCUUUGUGACAAGAUGAUUUGCUGCCUGAUACAGUUAGAGCUGAGACUUCAUCACUG